UGUCCUUUGUGGAUGUCUGCUUCUCCUCCACCACUGUCCCCAAGCGUCUAAGGAGUGGGAGGAAGACUGGAAAUGUUACAAGAUACAGCUGGGCUCAGACACAUGAGUAACACCAAUCAGUCGAGUGUCUCUGAGUUCCUCCUCCUCGGACUCUCCAGGCAGCCCCAGCAGCAGCAGCUUCUCUUCCUGCUCUUCCUCAUCAUGUACCUGGCCACUGUGCUGGGAAACCUGCUCAUCAUCCUGGCCAUCAGCACAGACUCCUGCCUGCACACCCCCAUGUACUUCUUCCUCAGCAACCUGUCCUUUGUGGAUGUCUGCUUCUCCUCCACCAUUGUCCCCAAGGUACUGGCCAUAUACACACUUGGGAGUCAGGCCAUUUCCUUCUCUGGGUGUCUAACACAGCUUUAUUUUCUCUGUGUGUUUGCUGACAUGGACAAUUUCGUGCUGGCUGUAAUGGCCUAUGACCGAUUUGUGGCCAUAUGCCACCCUUUAGACUACAAAACAAAAAUGACCCAUCAGCUUUGUACCCUUCUUAUUGUGGGGUCAUGGAUGGUAGCCAAUCUAAAUUGUCUGUUGCACACACUGCUUCUGGCUCGACUCACCUUCUGUGGGGACAACAUCAUCCCCCACUUCUUCUGUGAUGCGACUCCUCUCCUGAAACUCUCCUGUUCAGACACACAUCUCAAUGAAUUGGUGAUUCAUACCGAGGGAGCUGUGAUCAUGGUCAUCCCAUUUGCCUGCAUCCUGAUCUCCUAUAUUUACAUCACCUAUGCUGUCCUGAGAGUCUCAUCCCCUAGGGGAGGAUGGAAAGCCUUCUCUACCUGUGGCUCCCACCUGGCUGUGGUCUGCCUCUUUUAUGGCACCAUCAUCGCUGAGUACUUUAACCCCUCAUCCUCUCACUCAGCUGGGAGGGACGUGGCAGGUGCUGUGAUGUACACAAUGGUGACCCCCAUGCUGAACCCUUUCAUCUACAGCCUGAGGAACAGGGACAUGAAAGGGGCUUUAAGGAAAGUGCUUACCAUGAGAUUUCCAUCUAAACAGUAA